UGAAGAGUGAUUAGAGGAAGCCUCUACACAACGGGAGAUGACUAUAGGAAGCCUCUAGCAUAACAUAGAGUGGCUAGAGGAAGCCUCAAGCACGAAAUGGAGUGACUAGAGUCAGCCUCUAGCACGACGGAAAGAUAUCAGUGAGUGUGACUCUACUAUAGUGAAAAGACGUGAUAAGGUAAGCAUGGGACCACGGGCCGACUAUUUAACCUUAUAUAUAUAUAAGGUAAGUAGGUUUCAAAUAGGGUAACCGAGAGUUACGGCCUAUAAUAUACUACCACCCUAUAUUGAGGGUCUUAGAAAUUGAAACAUUGAUUAUAUACAAUGUAGUUGUCAUUGUACUUUUCAAAUGUUUCAAAGUACUGACAUCCCCUUCACGGGGGAGACCACCUCACAGUUUCAGGUAGAACUUGAAGGUUGCUACCACCGCUCGUUGCUUCGGGGAGAUCAAAGGAAGAAGACUUGUAUUGGAUAUUAUUUGUGCACUGAAGUUAAGAUAUGAAGAGGGCUUUUUCUUCCCUUACAUCCAAGGGAUCUACUGCAUCCAACACUACGAAAGCAAAAACUUCACAUCUUCAGAUAGCUUUGAUGAACCAUUACCAUCUAAAGAAACUGUACCAACCGAAGAGUCUGAUGGAGUUACUAGUUCUGAUCCAAAAGAGAUAAUUGAUUUGGGGGGAAUGACCGAAGCAGAGUUCUUGGAGGCAUUGAAGAAAAAUGAAAGGGCAGAGAUAUAGGGGCAUUUCUCGAGAAAGUUUGAAUGUGGUAAGAUCAAAGCAUUUUGUAAUUAUUGCAAACAUAAGGGUUUUGCUGCUCACCCUAAGCAUAAUGGUACUACUGCUUUGAAUAAUCAUAUGGAAAAAUGCCUAGAGUACCCACCUAAUAAAGAGAUGUUGAGUAAAAGACAAAAAGUUUUAUCUUAUGGUAAAACAAAAGACUUGGUAGCGAUAGGAUUUACUCAAGAAGAAAUCACUAAGGCAUGUGUGCAUAUGGUAAUUGUAGACGAAUUGUCUUUUAGUCAUGUGGAAGGAGAGGGUUUUCGCUAUUUUUGUAGAGUUGCAUGCCCUCGUUGGAAAGUACCUAGUCGGAAUACUAUUGCUAAGGAUGUGCUUAAUCUUUUUUAUUCAGAAAAGACUAAGCUAAAGAAUGAUUUGAGUGCAUAUAGAGUGUGUUUAACCACAGAUACAUGGACCUCCAUUCAAAACAUCAAUUACAUGGUACUUACUGCUCACUUUAUUGAUGCUAAUUGGAUGUUGCAUAAAAGAAUUUUGAACUUUUGUGUAAUUCCAAAUCAUAAGGGUGAAUCUAUUGCUAAACUUUUGGAGGAGUGUUUGGUUGAAUGGGGCAAAGAUAAGAUUUUGACUAUUACUGUUGAUAAUGCUUCAUCAAAUGAUGUCGGGUUGAGAGAUUUGAUUAAGAGAAUAAGUACUUGGAGGGUUUCGAAUGAACUUUUGCAUAAUGGUAAGAACUUGCAUAUGCGAUGUGUAGCUCAUAUUUUGAACUUGAUUGUGAAUGAUGGUUUGGGGCUGCUUAAUAAGUGUAUUCAAAGCAUUCGAAAUGCGGUUAGAUAUGCAAGAUCUUCACCCCAAAGGUUAGACAUGUUUAAGAGUUGUGUGGAAAAAGUCAAGAUAGAGAGCAAAUGACUUGUGAUCAUGGAUGUGCCUACUAGGUGGAAUUCUACAUUUUUAAUGUUGCAAGCCGCUUUGAAGUUUCGAAAAGCUUUUGAUAGGUUGAUAGAAGAUGAUGGUCAUUAUCUUGGAUAUUUUCAUGGUGAAAAUCCAGAAAAAAAGUCAAGGGAAGGGCCUCCAAGUGAUGAUGAGUGAUGUAAGGCGGAGGUGUUUUCCAACUUCUUGAAACCUUUUUAUGAAGUUACCUUAAAGGUAUGUUGCUCAAACACUCCAACAGUUCAUACUAUUUUUGGUGAUUUAAUUAAAAUUCAAGGUCUCUUGAAAGAAACAGAAAAUACACUGUUAUCUUCCAUCUCAUUAUCUAUGCAAGAGAAAUAUAAGAAGUACUGGGGAGAUAUUGAUAAGGUGAAUGAGUAUUUCUUCAUUGCUAUGGU